CUGGCGAACCCAGCAAUGCAGCCUCAACCCGCCAGUUGGAGCAAUGACUCGACCAUGUACUCGUGAUGCUCGGCGACAUCAGCACUUUCGUCGCACCAGCCUCCAUCAGCGAGCAGCUCGACAUCUUGAAGAACGAGGUUCAGCAACUACAGCAGCCGCCUGACAACGAUGGCAGCACCAGUGCAUCGCGGCAGUACAAGAUGCCGACGUCCCGGAUCGAAAAGUUUGAUGACUAUACACAUCAGGACCCGGUCCCCUGGUGGCAGGGUUUUACGACGGAGCUUCGGCUUCAUCGGGUCCCCGACCACUUGUACAUCUCGACGCUGUUCCUAAACGCCAAGGGCGGAUGCCAGGUCUGGCUUAGACACAUGGCAACCAUCCAUGGCGUCCAGGUCGCCGACCUGCACCAAAAGAUCUCUUCGGAAGAUCUGACAAAGGAAUGGAAGAAGCGGUUCAUUGUUGACGACGCCCCGGCGCUCGCCAUCAACCGCCUCUUCGCCAUGACUCAAGGCAACACACCGACACGCGACUGGCUCACGGAAUGGCAAAAGAUCGUGGCAACACCCGAUCUCAACUUGCCAUUUUCGCAUCUGCGCUGGGAGUUCUACAACCGGUCGUGUGCCGCCUUGAGCCUCGCACUCGGUGAUCGCGAACAAUACACGACCUUCGCCGAAAUUAUCGACAAGGCUCGUGAGAUCAUCAAGACCAACCGGGCUGCUGCACACGAGAAAUCUGCAUGGCAGCCAGCCUAUGUGGAAAAAGGAAAAUUUGGUCCGCGUCCGCAGCCCGUCGCUGCAGUCCAACUGGACAACCUUGUGGAAGACCUGGCAGUCACCCCAGCAUCACGUGAGGGAGAUCAGGUGGCCGCCGUCCAGCCGCAGAGCAACAACAACUCCCAUGCAAAAGGGAAGGCGAAAACAGCAUCGCCGGCCGGAAACGAACAGCCAGUACCAUGGGUCAAGUUCAACUUGACCGAGGCCAAAUACAAGUGGCACAGCCGGUAUGGCUGUUGCUAUUGGUACAACAGCACCAAGCACAAGACCUCCCAACACCAAGAUCAAGGCAAGGAGGAUGUUCAUCCUCGAACCAGCUAGGGAAACUGAGCCACACAGGAGCUAGUCUACUGUGGCUAGUCUUCAGUUACUGAAUAUAUUGAUAGAAUCAAAGGCAGUUGCCAAA